AUGGCAAAGUAUGAUUGCGAAGAGUAUUGCGGAGACGUCCUCAUCCCAUACCCUUUCGGAAUUGGAUCUAACAAAGAUUGCUACUUAGACAACUGGUUUGAAAUCGAGUGCAGCAACCAGUCUUCUAAAACUUCCAGCUCUGCUCCUCAUUACAAGCCUGUUUUGAAGCAAGCCAAACUGGAGGUGCUGAAUAUUUCUAUUGGAGACCCGCUUCAGGGUUUUGGAGGCACGCUUCAGGUGAACAGCCCCGUUACCUUCUUCUGCAACGAAACUGGAAGUAGCCCAAUGGCCAAUUUGACCGGCAGCCCUUUCGUCUACUCUCAGGACAAAAACAGAUUCACUGCAGUUAGCUGCGGCUUCUUUGCCGGGAUGGAAUCAGCUGAGUUUGUGGUUGCCUGCAAGAUGAUGUCCGCUUCCAUUCUAUACCAAGGUGAAACUCGAAACGCCGAUUGCGACGACUAUGCGUUUCUGGUUGACAAGGAUUGGUUUGAGAGUGAGAGAUCAUCUUCUGCUCAUGCAGUCAAGAGUAGAAGCCACGUUCCUGUGCUGCUAGAAUGGAAUAUAAUCAACUCUACUUCUUCACUAGCAUUAUUUGAAGGCUACGUUACAAAUGAUUCUAAGCCUUAUAAGAAUAGUUAUUAUAAUUAUAGCGCUGACCCCGCUGCUAUAUCUAUACUUUGGAUUCCAAGAAUCGCUCAGCAAUCGCUCACCAACAAUCGUUACGGAGAGUUUAUUGUGAAUGCCCAGAAGGAUCUGUAG